AUGGGUCUGCAAAUCUCCGCCUCCUCCUCCUUCCUCCUCAUCCUCGCCGUCGCCGCCGCCGCCGUCGCCCCUCCGGCGAAGCCCCACGCCGCGCUGAUCCCGAAGGUGUGCAGGGCCACCAAGUACUACGGCCUCUGCCUCUCCACCCUCAAGUCCGACCCCUCCAGCUCCCGCGCCGACCCCAAGGGCCUCGCCUCCAUUGCCCUCGCCGCCGCCCUCGCCAACGCCACCUCCGCCUCCUCCUUCCUCUCCUCCCUCGCCCUCGGCUCCUCCUCCGGCGGCGCCGCCGGCGACCCCGCCCUGUCCCGGCUCCUCCUGGACUGUGCCGACAAGUACGGCCUCGCCGGCGACGCGCUCCGGGCGUCGGCGCUUGACGUGGCGGCGGAGGCCUACGACUACGCCUACGUGCACGCGAUGGCGGCGGAGGACUACCCGAGUGCGUGCCGCGACGCGUUCCGGAGGUCGCCGGCGGGAACGGCCUACCCGCCGGAGCUCGCGGGGCGGGAGGACGGGCUCAAGCGCAUCUGCGACGUCGUCUUGGGGAUCAUUGAUUUUCUCGGCUCGUGACGAAAAUU